UCAAAAUAAAUUAGCAUAAUUUUAUGAUUUAAGUUUUUUUAAAGUUGUAGUUGGCUCUUUUUUAAUUCCCUUCAAUGCGAAUAAUAUCAGUUAACUAUGUAGCAGAUCUAUUGCCUUAAAAAUAAUGAGAUAAGUAGUCGUUAAAAAUGAAUAGGUUUAACCAAAAAAAGGUGAACCUGUGGAUUUAAAUUUAAUUAUUUACGCUUAAAAUUCUAUUAAUAAGAGCAAAGAUGAGUUUACGGCAUAUUUUUGGGAAUAGUGGUGAACUGUUUCGUUUCGUCCUACAAACAGCUUGUAUAACUCACUGUACUUGGGAAUUCGUUGGAGAUUUUGUAAUGUGUUCUGGACCUUCAAUGGAACCUACCUUACAAACCAACAACAUCCUUAUGACAGAGCACAUAACCCCACGUUUCCAAAGGCUUUGUAAAGGCGACAUAGUAAUUGCAAAGUGUCCGAGGAAUCCAAAACAAUAUGUUUGCAAAAGAAUAACAGGACUGCCUGGUGAUAAAGUGCGGGGCCACUUCCCUGGUCGGAGCCAAGUUGUGCCUAAAGGACAUGUCUGGUUGGAAGGAGAUAAUACUAAUAAUUCUGCUGACUCUCGUGUCUAUGGUCCUGUACCACAAGGUCUAGUACGAAGUAGAGUUGUAUGUAGAAUAUGGCCUCUUAAUAAAAUUAGCUCAUUGUCUGAAUAAAAUAACUUUAGUGGGUUUGUAAAUAUUUUCUUUAUUAUAGUUAGACCUUAUAUUGUUUUGCAGAAAAAAUGGAGAUUUCUUUAGUUUGUUGAAAUAAA